AGAAGCGCGAAGGGACCCCAAGAGGCCCCCAGACGUCCCUCCGUCGCCAUUUUGGCUCAAGCGAUUCCGAUCGAGGCUGUCACAUCACGCGACGGCCUUGUGAGUUGUCACCCCCUGUCAGACUUCAACUCGAUCAAGGAGCCCAUCCAACACAAUGCGUGAGGCGAUCUGCAUCCACAUUGGGCAGGCGGGUGUGCAGAUUGGCAAUGCAUGCUGGGAGCUUUUCUGCCUUGAGCACGGUAUCCAGCCCGACGGCCAGAUGCCCUCUGAUAAGACGAUCGGAGGCGGCGACGAUGCCUUCAACACGUUCUUCUCCGAGACUGGCGCCGGCAAGCACGUCCCCCGCUGUGUGAUGGUCGACCUAGAGCCCACUGUGGUCGAUGAAGUACGCACGGGUACAUACCGUCAGCUGUUCCACCCUGAGCAGCUCAUCUCGGGCAAGGAGGACGCCGCGAACAACUUCGCGCGAGGCCACUACACCAUCGGCAAGGAGAUCGUCGACCUCGUCCUGGAUCGGAUCAGGAAGUUGGCCGACAACUGCACUGGCCUCCAGGGCUUCAUGAUCUACAAUGCCGCUUCUACUCUUCCGGCAACCAACUGCGGGAAUCUCUGACGUGGGCCUCCCGGGCCCCAGCAGCGGGCCACGCCCCUCCGCCGUCGCCCGCCCCCGCCGACCGUGCCCCGCGCGCCCCUCGGGGCCCGACGGGGC